UCCUCCCGAGCCGGAGCCGCGGCAGCAGCUUUGCGGUGGGAAGCGCAGGGGGGAGAGAAGCGGCAGAUGUCAAGGCGGGGCGGGCGGGGAGACGAGAUGCACCCAAGGCACGAGGAUCUGCAGCCAUGCAAGGCUCCAGGAUUUCGCAUCACUCGUUUUCUCUCCUGAACAAAGUGGAAGUGCAAAAUCGCCCUCCCACCCCAUCUCGUCAGCAUGAAGAGGUGCACAUCGGAUGAGCUGCAGCAGCUGGAGGAGGACUGUGUUGGGGCUGAAGAUGCCCCCAACCUGGCUGCCAUGGAUGCUAAACCUGGGGAUUGCGCUUCUGCUCUGUCAGAGUCGGGCACUGCUGCUAAUCCAAACCCUGCUCCACAUCCUGUUCCCCGGAGCAAGCCUCCCGAUUUAAAGAAAAUACAGCAGCUCUCCGAAGGCUCCAUGUUUGGCCAUGGCCUGAAGCACCUUUUCCACAGUCGCCGCAGGUCGCGGGAACGGGAGCACCAGAACUCCCAGGACUCUCUGUCGCAGCACUACGGGAUGUCUGACCAUGACUCCCCUGAUGAGAAGGAACGCUCGCCAGAGAUGCACCGUGUCUCUUACGCCAUGUCCCUCCACGACCUCCCUGUACGCCCCACUGCCUUCAAUAGGGUGCUGCAGCAGAUCCGCUCCCGCCCAUCCAUCAAGAGAGGGAGCAGCUUGCACAGCGGCAGCCGCCGGAGCAAAAGCAGCUCCCUAGAUCCCCAGAAAGGCAGCCCCCAUCUGGUCCGGAAGGCUCCCCAGGAUAGUAGCCUCACAGCCAUACUGCAUCAGCACCAGGGCCGGCCAAGGUCUUCAUCUGCCACAGACACCGCCAUCUUGCUGGCUGAAAGUGGGGCUGUGUACCUUCUCCCGGAGGAGUCGGAGUGCCUCGCUGACAAGCUGGACAAAGGGGACAUAAGCACGCUUAGCCUGCCUUCCAAUGCCAGCCAUGGCGACUCCGACGUUGGCAACAUCUGCUUGGAUGUCCCAGAUGGCACCCCAGACCCGCACAGGACGAAAGUGGCCAUCGACCACCUGCACCAGAAAAUCCUCAAGAUCACCGAGCAGAUCAAGAUCGAGCAGGAGGCUCGGGAUGACAACGUAGCUGAGUACCUGAAGCUCGCCAACAACGCCGACAAGCAGCAGGCCUCCCGCAUCAAGCAAGUCUUUGAGAAGAAGAACCAGAAGUCGGCCCAGACCAUCGCUCAGCUCCAUAAGAAACUCGAGCACUACCACAAGAAGCUAAAGGAGAUUGAACAGAAUGGGCUCUCCCGACAGCCCAAGGAUGUCUUUCGGGACAUGCACCAGGGCCUCAAGGAUGUGGGGGCCAAUGUCCGGUCCAGCAUCAGCGGCUUCGGAGGUGGAGUAGUGGAAGGCGUCAAGGGAAGCCUGUGGUUUGUCCAGGUGACCCACACGGCUGUGGUCUCCAAGCCCCGGGAGUUCGCCAGCCUGAUCCGGAACAAGUUUGCAGCGCCGACAACCCACCUGAAGGACACCCUGGAUGAUGGGCACCCCGAGGAGGCCUCGAGGACUCUGAGCGGCAGUGCCACCCUGGUGUCCAGCCCCAAGUAUGGCAGCGACGACGAGUGCUCCAGUGCCACCUCGGGAUCGGCGGGGGGCAACUCAGGGGCAGGGCCCGGCGGCUUGGGGAGCCCCAAGUCCAAUACCCUGGACAGUCACCACAAUAACUUUGACACCAUCCUGGAGGAGCUCCGGGAGAUUAAGGACAGUCAGUCCCACCUGGAGGACUCAAUGGAGGAUCUCAAGGCGCAGCUGCAGAGGGACUAUACCUACAUGACGCAGUGCUUGCAAGAGGAGCGGUACAGAUACGAACGCCUGGAAGAGCAGCUGAAUGACCUGACGGAGCUCCACCAGAAUGAAAUGACCAACCUGAAGCAGGAGCUAGCCAGCAUGGAGGAGAAGGUGGCCUAUCAGUCCUAUGAGAGAGCCAGGGACAUCCAGGAAGCGGUGGAGUCGUGCCUCACCCGCGUCACCAAGCUGGAGCUCCAGCAGCAGCAGCAGCAGGUGGUGCAGCUGGAAGGGGAGAACGCCAAUGCCCGAGCCCUGCUAGGCAAAUUCAUCAACGUCAUCCUGGCCCUCAUGGCGGUGCUGCUCGUCUUCGUCUCCACCAUCGCCAACUUCAUCACGCCCCUCAUGAAGACCCGCAUGCGCAUCCUCAGCACCACCCUGCUGCUCCUCUUCCUCUUCCUCCUCUGGAAGCACUGGGACUCCAUCGCUUACUUCCUGGCGCAUGUGUUGCUCCCCAGCUGAUUCCCUGGGGGCAGCAUUCCAUUUUCCUACUGAGAAAACAGGAAAGGGAUUGGCGGGUGGGGGAGAAACUGGAGCCUUCCAUAAAAUGUCUUCAUUCAUUCGGUUCAGCCUGGUUUCCCACCCCCUGCACCCAUCCGUAUUCACAUCCUGCAUCCUCAUUGUGGCCAGGAGCAUGGGCUGUUGCACCAGAAUUGUUCACUCCUCCGCGAAAGCCCUGGGAGUUGAGGAUGGGGAGAGCGAUGGAGAGUUUGGAAGAACCUGUAACCUUACAUGUUCUUGGUUUGUUUGGUUGUUUGUGUUUUUAAUGACCUUAAUCAUAUAGUCUCUGGGCACGAGGCUUCUUACAUGCCAGCCGCCACAGGGACUGUAAUUUAAAAGCUUUGUAUCCAGAGCAGAGUUUGCCUUUGAACCCAGCCACCAGGAAACUUUCUCUAGCAAGAGAAGAGGUUUUUUCUUAAAGACAAGGCUGGCGAAAAGCUCAUACCUGGGAUGCAAUAAAGAAAUCAAUAGCAAAAGGAAGAAUGGAGCUCCAAGUGAAUACUCUAAUGGUUUCUGCUCUCGGGAGAGCAUGCAUAUUGAUGAAGCAGAAUGCACACAUCACACCAGCUUCUCCAGACCAGACACAUGUUCAUUCCCAUUGUACCAAACAGCUGACAAGCUAAACACAGAAUUGGGGUUGCUAUGUAUUAUUAGGAUGGCUUCCUCUGCACGCUGAUCAUUGGUGUAUGGCCAGCGGAUACCAGUUCUGGUUCUGAUCAGAAAACACAUACACUUCUGGCAUCAGGGUGAAACAAAUUGGGUUGGCGUUAGUUUUGUUCCUCCUUUGGCUUUCGUUUGAUCUCUUCAGGGACCGUGGACCUUCCAACAUUGCACCUAUGAAAUUUACGAUCUACGAAAGUUGUGCGCAUGUUUUAAUUUAUUUCGAGGUUCUGUUUCCAUUUGUGAAUCAAGCGUGGGGGGUAAAAUGCAAGCUGCUAUCACAGCCUCCAUGUCGCUAAGAAGACAGAGCAUGUUGUCUCAAAAGUUUCUUGAAUGGUUUCAUAUUCAUGUGCGUGUGUGUAUGUAUACAUACAUACAUACACACACACAAUCACCUCCUUUCCUGUUGCAAUUGGGUGUAGCUUCAUUUACAGUCACAGAGAUUUGGCCUUUUGUAUCUUUGAGGCUCAUUCCUGCUUUCCUGAUACAGCCAGAACUUCUACAGAUGCUCGUGGUGUACUAAAGAAGUCAGUGGAUGUGGUGGUGUGGCACAGAUGCAGGAUUGAGUGCUUAGAAGGAGGGAUUGUCCUAAUUCAGUGAACAGCCAGUCACCUUUGUCCAUUAAAGGAAAAUGGCCUGCAUUGUGUCUCCCCUUGUUUCUUGGGCUUUGACACCUAGAGGUGGUAUGGGCUCCUCCAUGCUGUCUUUUGGUUUCUCAGCUGAACACCGGGGAUAUGCUGUGACGUUGGGGUGUAAAGAUCUAGCCAGGAAAUUCAUUCCUGGUCUAACUUCAUUGACCAAUGAAUCCUAGCUAGGAUUGCUCCUACAGGCAGAAGUGCAAGGAUCCCAUUUGUAUGAUGCAAAGGUCAGUUAUUCAAGGGUUGUUGCAAACGAUAUGCAAGAAGCAAGGCUGAUAAAGGGACAUGCUUGCAUUUCCCAUUCAGAUCUUUGUCUGGGUAUGAUCCUUGCACCUUUGCCAGAAUGGAUACGUGAUAAGAAUAAAUGACUAGAGGGUGGAUAGAGUGGGAGGAGGAAGCAUUGGCAUGAUUCCCCCCAUGUUAUGCAGACACAUCUGUGCAGAGUAGGUGUGAACGUUCCUGUUCUGAUGGAGCAUGGGAAGGCGGCACAGGGUGCCAGCGUGGUGGAAAAUCAGACCCCAGGAGUUCUUUAACUGAUCGCUUGCUUCCCUCCUCAUGGCAAUGCUUCCUGCAAGACAUUUGCAAAUGCCCGUUCAAAAACUCCGACAUCCUUUUGCCUUUUUCCAUGCCGGUUAUGAAGGAUGAACACAUGUUGGGUGUCCACUUAUCAAAUAUGGGCACCUAUGCUUGGCUCCUGCAUUUCUGCCACUCGUACCAGCACCUGGAACUGGGUCCAGGAACCUUGAGCGUCCAUUUGAGUUGGGCACUCCUGGUUAAAAACUCAGCCUAGAACAUUUGGGCAGUGGGAGGGGGCACACCUGAAAUAACACCCCACCAUGUUUGGCUUUGGCAUCAGGUGGUGGGGACUGCUCUUCAGAACGAUCAGCCGUAUUCUGCAGAGACCUCUGUUGGAAAAGCUCACAUGAAAUGUACGAGCAAUGCUCUGAGCCUUCUUGGAGACUGGGGGGAUGUGAGCCCCAACCUCUCUUUUAUAGACCUAUUUAUUUUGUAUUUUUGUAAGGAUUUAACUAGAGUUAACAUUCCUGCUUUUAUCAGUUAUCCAAGGAAACGCAGAUUCUGUUGGAAACGAGUUAAUUUAUGUAUCGACACUAGAUUUGAUAUUCUCAGACCCGAGGGGCAGAAAUCUUAAUACACUGAUAAUUCCAAAUGGCUACAACUUAUGGCCCUGCUUCAGGACAGCACGUAAGCAGAUGCUCAACUUUAAACACUUGCUAAAGUCUCUUUGAAGUCUGUAGGAUUUAAACAUACCUUUAAGUGCUGUCCUGAGAAGGGCAGUCCUAAGCACAUGUUUUAAUGCUUUCAUUCACUGGGGCCUAAUAAUCAAGGUCUGGUUCUCCUUUCACCUGCGGUAGCUCCAUAGACUUCAGCGGAGCAUCCAGUCUGGAGUAGGCAGGGGAUCUGAUUAAUUAGACAAAAGGUUAAGCGCCUUUUAGGGGGCCUGAUUGUUUUUUCACUCUAUGUAAAUAAGAUGUUGCAAAGGUAUUUUUGUUUUAUUUCAGUAACACCUAGAGGCCCCAAAUCAAGGUCGAGGCGCCGUCGUGCUGGGUGCUAAACUGGCAUGUAGUAAGAAAGUCCCUGCCCCCAAAGAGCUUACAGUUUAAUAGGAGACACACCAAGUAAUAGAAACCAGGUUUCCUGCAUCCUAGGUCAAUGUCCUACCCUCUGGACAUGCCACCCCUCAAGCAGCUCUUUACAUGCGCAAAACCAGUUUGUGAUCAUGGUCUGCAAGGUGAUAAGUUGGGGACCAUCCCUUCUUCAGAGAUGACCUCUAACUCCUGGUUCGGGUCUCAGGCGCUGCAGCACCAGUUAUUGCUGCCAAGGUCACAUGUGCUCCACCAGGAGCAGGAAAGGAAGAGGGGCCCUUUAACCCCGCCCUUAAUUUUCCUCCCCUUCUCCAUAAGCCAUUCCCUCAUUUCCCUGAUGCCUCAGGACCCAUGUGUUGACCUGAUCCCCUCCUCCUGCAGCUAGAACUCUGACAGAGCACAAGUGCAUUUCCCUGCAAUCAGCCACUCUCCUGCUGUCCAAUGGAUGGGAAUCUGUGGAAUCUUUCUGCCUGUCUAUCGUUCUAAAAGCAUUGUCCAUCCCUAAUCUGAUCACUGUCAGCAUCAUUGUACAGGCUACAGGGACAGUGUUACUACCUGCACCAGUGGUGACAGAUCACUGUGGUCUCUGACUGCUUCCACACAGCUACGCCCUUGUCUCCUGCAUAUGAGCUGCACCAGAGCUUUAAAGCGGGGAAAGGCAAACACAACUCCAAGGCAGACUCCCAACAUACCCCUCCAAACCCACUUCUCCUCACAGCCAGGCCACCUGAGUCAAAGUAUAGCUCUGCUGUUCCUGCACACACCAUAGCAGAAACAGAAGAGGAUCUUGCUUCUCGUGCAUUUAAGGCUGGUUGUUUCACUGGAGGAAUUGAGUUUCAAAGACUCGGUGACACCGUUCAGGUGGCUGGCAAGAGGUUGCCUCACACACACCAUCGGCAGCACUUUAGAGGCUGAACUAAAUCUGGGAUGGGACAUGUUGAUAAAUAAAGGGAGGAAGUUUUGAAUGCAAAUGUAGUGGAGAUUAGACUUGGAAGCGUAGGGCCUGAUUCGCCUUGCCCUGCCCUGCCCUGUGUCUCAUCUUUACAUCAUGCCAAGUGAGGGUGAAGAGUCACUCAAGUGCAAAUUAUGACAAGAUGCAGGGUAGCAUCUUGAAUGGCUGGGCUAAAUCUCCUCUUACAUCACACUUAUCCACUGACUGCUCCUAAUUUACAACAGUAUAAAAUCAGAAUCAGGCCCCAUGCUCUCCCUUAUGGAGAUAUGGGUAAUUGCUGACCACUGGCUCUUCCCAUCUAAGCAUCAGAGACACAUCAUAGAAGGCAAAGAUGUGCAGUAGACAGAGUGGAAGGGUUGCUAACCUGGUGGUAGUGAUCAGGCUGCACUGUAGAGCUUCCCAAGUUUCAUUUGGCAGACAGGUUUCCCUCCAGCUCUAAGCACUUUUUAAAGGACAAGCCACAGCUGUUUGAGCAACUAGAUCUCAGGUCUGCACAGGGUUCAAGAUCGUGGGAGGCCAAACAAACAAAAAGCCUUUAAAGAAAGCCUCCAACCCCGUCACCAGAGGUCCUAGUCCACACUUAAAAGUUAGGUCAACCAAGCUACACAAUGUGAAAUUUUUCACAGCGCUGAGCACCUGUUAGGUCAUCCUAACCCCCAGUGUAGACACAGUCUACACUUCAGCAACAGCAGCACCUGAAACACAGACUACCCUUAAUGUCAUAGGAGGGAGGCAGGCUUUCUCCCUUUUCCUGAGGCACCAGAUCAGGGAGGAAUCACUUAACCACAAUCUUAAGACCCUUACUUCAGGCAACCAGACCCUUACAGGCAGAAAUAGCAAAAUUUCUAGGACCCAUGACAGGCUAGUGACCUGGGGACCUGCAGCAGACACAUAGCUACUGAUCCUCUCUUUCUUAGCAGCCCAACUGCUGCCUUUUCCUGUUUAUGUAGCCAAGCCACAAGGGUAGGGCAGGGUGCUCCUUGAUUGUGCCCAGCCUGUCUUGGCUGUAAACUCCAGACUGUCACUUAAAGGGGUAGUACUACUCCCUAUCACUGUCUGUUUUAUAAUAUAUCAUUAUUUGUAUUAUGGUAACAACCAACCGAGAUCAGGACCCCAUGGUGCUAGGUGCUGUACAUACCCAUAAUGAGGGACAGUGCUGGCCUCAGAGAGCUUAUGAUCUAAACAGACAAAGGAUGGGAGGUGAAACAGAGGCACAGAGCGUGGCCGCUGACAUGCCCAUGGUCACACAUCAGGGCAGUGUCAGACUCUCAGUCCUCUGGAUUUUCAGGGCAUAUUUGCCUUGAUUUUGUUCUGCAAGAGCUGCAGUUAUUUGCCAAGGUGGGGAGAUGGUUGAUUUUACAAAAAAUUGCAGAGAACUUUUGAAAUGUUAAAAAUGAUUUUAAUAGAUAUUAUGGGGCAGUUUUAUGUCCUUGUUCUUCAAUGUCUGUGGCCCCGACCCUGGCACACAGGUAACUGUACUCAGUUGUUCCUACUGACCUUAAUGGGACAACUUACAUGAAUAUAAUUAGGCAUACGCCUAAGUAUUUGCAGGAUCUGGGCCUGAGACUCCACAAAUAUUCUGUCUCGGGGACACUGGCAGGGAGUUUCAGCCCCCAAAUUUAGAUUUUGUUUCAAGUUUUACAGAAAUGUUUCCUGGAUUUUCUUGUGAUUUCUACCAGAACAGAUUUUUUGAGCAGGACUUAAAAGUUUCCUGCAGUUUUUGCAACCCAACGUCACAGCCAGGAAUUGAAACUGACUAAAAAAAACCCCAACUGUUUAAACUGACCACUGUGGUUCCAUUGUGCAAGAGGAGUCGAAUGCAAAAAGUGAACAACUGUGUAAAUGGCAAAAAGCCAUUUAGCGUGUAAAAAAAUGGUUUCAGAAGUGAUUCUCCUGGGGGGGAUCGUUAAUGACGUGGAUGAGGAAUUUGCUCUUUUGUUGUUGUUUUUUUAUCAUUUAUAUUUGUCAUCUGACAAUGUUCUUUGGAGAACAAAGGGUGAAAUUCCCCCCAGCACAAGGUUGAGGCAUUAUUCAGAGCCUCAAAAUAGGGUUUAAAUCAUGGCAUUAGGUGGUUUGUGGGCUUUAUGAACAGGGGUGAAUUUCACCCUAAGAGCCUGAUCCUGCCAAACAACUGCUAGGUAGCAUUGUGCUUAGUGUUAUUACCAUGAUGGUCUCAUCAAGCCAUUGUAAGCUCAUGGUAAUAAUCACAAUGGUCCUGCUCCAAAGCCCAUUGAAGUCACUGGAAGGCCUCCUGCCUAUGGAACAGACCCUGUGCCAGCUAGUUAUCAUUUGCAGCAUCAGACCUGAAAACAUUAAACCAAAAAAUAUCAUGAAUCAUGUUUAGUGCUAGGGACUUCAACAGUGCAAUGAAUGAACCACAGGGUUUACCAAUACCGAGGUGCACAAACCCAUCCCUGCUCAGCUUGAUCAUCCGUGUGACUGCAGCACAAAUACCACAGAGCAACAAGGACAGAAGGGUCCCGAGCCUACAACCCAUGCAGGUACAUGAGUAGGUUUACUUCCAUGAGGAGUCCCACUGAAAGCUGUGAUUUUCAGAGACGUUAGCACCCCUCCCCCCAACAUUGAAUUUCCAUCAGCAGUAGGCACUUUUCAUUAUUAUUAUUUAUCAUUUAUUUUCAUUGCAGUUCACCUAAUGGGCUCUGCUCAUAGGCAGGACUCCAGUGUGCUAGGCGCAGUCCAAAUAUAUAAGAAAAGACAGGCCCUACCCCAAGAGCUUGGGGCCAGAUUUUCAGGUGUCUAAAGACGCGGCUAGGCAUCUAGUGUGGUUUGCAAAAGUGUCUGUUUGAGAUAACUGCCUAACGCCCAUUGAUUUCUAAGCUACUGAGGCUUUUUUGUAAGUUCCAAUAGGCGCCUACCUGCACCUUUGAAAAUCUGGCCUGUCGUCUGAGACAAGAACUUCACUCUUUUAGGUCCUUUUGAAAAUCCCAGGUGAAGUCAAUGGGAACUACUCAGAGGCUUAAACAGGUGCAGGCAUCAUCAGGACCCGAGCCUUGCUGCUUAUCCCUGAAAGAAGCAUGACUCCCCUCGGCACCAUGACCCAUUCUGAUGCCGUGUGUGGCUGUAUUUGUUGUUGUUGCUUGACUCUUGUACCUCUCUCUGCCCUAUACUGUCUCUUUCCCAUCAGCAGUUCCAUGCAUGGGAAGCUCCGAUUUCAUCUUGCUACUAUUUAUUUUUGUUUUUGUUAACUUUUUCCAAUAAACGUGUAAAAACCAACCAACCAACCAAUGAAAUGAAACAAAAAGAUUUUGUGAAACUGGAAAGUACUUUAAAAAAAUAUAUCCUGUGAUGAGAGCGUUUUCUAAAAGAUAAAGCAAAAAAAGAAAGGAAGGAAGGAAAAGCGUCAGAAAAUGUUUCAAAGGACGGAUGGAGGUGUGCGGGAAGAGACACGCUGAAGGUGUCAUUUGCCAUUCUCUAUGGACCCUGGGGCUUCUGAUUUAGCAAAGCUACUUCUCGCACCCUGGGGCACUGCCAUUUUGUAUCUUUGGAGGAUGAACUUGAGUAAAGGUUUUGCUAUGGUUCUUCAGGGAUUUUUCCCUUCCUUGUUACCAGAAAACUUUGAAAACUUGCUGAAAGGCCAACCAGGUGCCAUCCUGGUUAACUGCAUUUAAGAGCUUUUUAUGUUGCACUGAGGCUAAACCACACAGGUUGUUGGCUGGAUCGCAGGGGCGCGUGUUCAUAAUCAGCCAGGGCCUCUGCCCACGUUCCCCUUUGCACACGUGCAGAGCAGAGAUCCAAUAGGCUGGGUCUGUUUUGAUGCUCAGCUGCUAUGGGAUCCUGUGCUGUUUCUUAAUCACUGGAAAGCAAUAAGGUAGCCAAAGCCCACGUUGGAUUUCAGCUGCCUGCACUGACCUAGAAAGGUACUGAAGCAAUCUGAAAUAGCAGCUGAGCAAACAAGGCCAGGGAUUUGGGACCUGAUGUUUCAAACCAAGCUGAUGGCAUUGCUGGCUUGGAGGGUGAACUGGCCCCUGUUCCGUGCUGCCCUCUUCCCUUCCAGCCUAUGGCCAGAGUGGAAGAGUAGACAGUGAGUUGCCUCCAUAUCUGUUACCAGAAGGAGUGACUGGCAAGCUUCCCCCCCACUCCCAGCUUGCUCCUGUGGCCGAAGAAGGAAAUCAGGUGAUGAGGAGCUCCCCACUUCCUUCCCAUUGCUGGAGAAGCAAAUCAGGCUGGCUCUCAAGUUACAAAUCUUGGGGGCGGGGGCAGUCACUUGCUGUGCCUGGGGCAGGUGCUGUAGCAUCCCUGAGAGUGCUGGUGGGAGUUGCGCAUGGGCAGGACCUCUCCCUACCAGGCUGCUUGUAUGUGAAAUCAGCUCAAGGAUGGCAGUGGAGAGUUGGCAAGUGGGCUCCAGAUGCAAUUCCUUCCCUCCCCACUGGAGAACUUUCAUGCCCAGCCAGCCAAAGGGAUGGUGAGGUGGCUCCAGCUCAGCGGAGAGGCUGUCAAUUUUCUAUGUUUGACUGAGAGCAGACGAAUAGCUAGACACCAACUGGAAAGGGUCUGCCCCCCAGGCUUGAGCUGCCCUUCCACUGUAGGGCCCGAGUGGGCAGCCAGCACCUCUGCAUGUGUUACCCAGCACACCCCCAGCACGUCCCUCUUGGCGUGUGUCUAUGGAGCUGUGUACCCUGGAGGCUUUUCAUCCCCUCGAGGGUGCAGGAUGACUUCCUACCCUGGGCCAGUCUCCCGGAGCUCAUGUUUGCUGCUUGAUUCGCAGCUAGGGACUAUAGCCUGGCUAAUGAACACGUGUACAGAGGCUGGGGGCAUGACAGAGGAUGUAUACCAAGGGCAUGGCGCCUGCCCCCAAGAGCUCAUGCUGCAAUGCAGACCAAACCCAGGGCAAUGGGAAGAGGUUGGAGGUGAGGAGAGCAGUGUGGAGGGGGGCAAAGAAGAUGAGAGCGGGGCCUUAAAGGAGUGGAAGUGGGCAGCAGCUGCCUACAGGGUACGCAGGAAUAGAGGUGUGAAGCUGAGAGGGGCAAAUACCUCUCCACAGCACAGCCCCAACAAGGUGGCCCAAUGAACACAGUAACUCCUGUCCUCCAGCCCUAGGCAGAGCUUCCAGAGCAUUGGCCUCAGGCUAGCUCCUCAGCUGGUGCAAAUCCACGCCACUGAAGUUACACUGUGCUGGUUUAUGGCAGCUGAGGAUCUGGUCCUUUAUACGACAUUCUUGGGAGGUGGAGUUGGGUGCAUCUUAGAGCAUUUGCGUUUCCGUUGUGUGUGAUUUCGGUGCGGCUGACACACGAUCGGAAGCUUUUUCGUCUUAUCUUCAGGCUGUUGCUGGAGCGCGGAAUGGAAUUCCUCCCCCCACCUCAUGCCUUCCCCUGUUUGGUUUCCCCGUUCUGGUCUGUGGAACUGUGCACCUGCUGGGCUGCGCAGCACGCCUUGCCCAGUCGGCCGAAAAGAAUCGUUGACAAGGAGCAAGCGGUGAGGGGCUCUGUGUCUGUACCAGUGUCAGAUUUUAUGCCAUUAAAUAGCUGUAAAAAAAUUGAAUAAACUUUCAAAGUCUGAAAUCUCUAAAAA